CAAGGAAAAAAACAAAACAAAACACAACGAAACGAAACUCAUGGGCAAUACACUGCGCUAGACUGGAAACGAGCUAACAGAUCGGUAUUUUAAAAAUUCAAUAUGGCGGACGAAGAGAGAAGACAUGAUCACAAAAAGCAAACAACUAAAUCUAAGGGAAAGACAAAAUCCCGCUGGAGAAAACCUGGAAAUAUACUAAAUAUGGGAAACAGAGAGAGAGGCCACGCAUUUGCGGAAAAACGGAAGAAGAAAGCUCUUAGAGAGUACAAAAAGUUACUGAAGAAAACAAGGGAAGAGCACAGGCAGCUUCAAUCAUCGGGCAACAAAGAUAGACCACUUCUGACUCGUGCAUCAAGAGUCUCAGAUGCUGCUACGAUUUCUGAACAGGACAAAGUAAACAAUCAAGGAAGCUUUCAGAACUACUUACAGGGAGAGAGGAAGGCAAGCCAACACAAGCGGAAACCAGUCAAUAAAUUUACAACAGCUGAAAGUGAAUUCAAGAAAAGAAAAAUGGAGAAAGAGCAGCAGAUUAAGGAAAGGGAGAUAAUGAUACAAAAACACAGAGAAGAAGUCCGCGAGAAAAUGAAAAAGCGGAGAGAAACAUUCGGCCGCUUAAAUCGACGAACGAGAAAAGGGCAGCCGAUAAUGGCCAAUCAAAUUGAACAUCUUCUUGGCAAGAUUCAAUCACAGACAUGACCAAGUUUAAAAAUCUGUGAGAGGAAACGUGAAAAUUAAUAGAGGCACGGUAUCUUUGCUAGCUUCAGGAAAUACUUGUUUCUGAUUGGUUAUUGCUCAAAGUCGGACAAUCAGUGACGCUGUACGCAUCCGGGUAGUUGUACAUCAACAGGAUGUUUUGACUGCAAUCUCAGAUGUUUUACUCGGGAGUAAAACAAGUGACGCGUGAAGAGCUUGUGAUAUGAUAACACCUCGACACGAUGCAUUUCAAAGAUGGCGAGUGACCAUGGAGAAAUAAAAGGGGCCACGUCACGGUUUCUACAUCUUGAAACGUUUAACAUAAAAUUUUCAAAUUCGUCGUUCGUAAUCCGUGUUAAUCUCUUCCAUCCUUAACCAUCCUCGUU